CAACAUCGCCGCCACGAGUACAUUUAAGGGCACCAUUCUUCCGCAGAUCAGCAGAGGUCCAAGCGUGCGACAUGAUUGCGCUUAAGACAAUGAUGUUCUCGGCUGCAUUGAUUGUUUCGGCAAUUUCGGCGGCUUCUGCUGCUGAUCAGUCAUGUAUACAAGUUACCCUCCCUAAUAUCUUCCACUUCGGCGAGUGCUUGGGGCAAACUCAGGACAUGUGCUCUAACCCGAUGGAGGUGGUUGUUGUCGCUGAGAACAUCUUGCUUUGCGCUGUCAACGGAAUCUCACACUUGGAUAUUGGUUCCCAACUUUUUCUGCUCGAAGGCCUUUUUACCGAAGUUCUCCAGCGAUUCGGAUUUGGUUCCAUGGUCAACAUGAUCUUCUCCCUGUGCAAGACCAUGGGUGGUGCGGUGAAUGUGGCUUCGAAGAUUGGCGGUGGCUUUUUCGGCGGCAUAUUUGGUGGUAUCGUGGACACCGCCACCUCUAUGCUGCCUCUUGGUGACUGCACCGGCUUGCACGUUGCCGGCGACAUCAUGUGCGGCCAGCCGGUCGUCUUCCAAUUUCCCAGUGCACUCAACAUUGGAAAGUGUCUGAACACCACGAUGUCGAUGUGCGUUGGAACUCAAGCGAAUCAGGCACUUAUCAUACAGCAGUUCUUCCAAGCCGUCACUUGUGUUUUUAUGAGCAUCCUUGCGGCUCCAGGGUAUUCUGUGACAAGCCUUUUCUGCACCGUGGUCAAUAUUAUUAUCAGAAUUAUCAGCAGCGGUCCAGCGAGCAUCGUGGCCUCCGUGGUGCAGCAGUUGGAAAACGCUAUAGGAAUGCAGUGUGAGAGCACUAGUUCAUAAGGCUGCCGGUAGACUCGGCUCGU